AUGGAAUGUAAAACAAGAUGUGGUACGGUGAAUUCCCAUUUCAAGUAUGUAUCAGACAAUGCGCGAAGCAGUCAGAGGUUAACAUUGAUUGAGUAUAAUGCUGAGGAUAAAGUUUUUAAAGCACUUCAAUUGCGAAAUGCUUGUGAAAUGAAGAUGGGCAUCAGACGGAGAGAUGGUCAUUACUUUUUCGUAGAGGAAGUAGUUUGGAUGGUCGAAGUUGGCUUAGCUGUUGUUCUUCAUCAUGGAAUGCAAUUAUCUGUACAGGAAUGCUAUCGAUUACUGCAAACAUUUCUAAUUACACCAGAAAAAUUUUUUGUUUAUUCAUAUUUAAAACGUGCUGGCUAUGUUGUGAUACCGUACAAGGCUUUUGGAACGUCGAUAGACGAUGAAAAUGAUGAGCAAUGGGAGCUUAAGCCAAAAUUUCUCUUUCCUGUCAAUCUUCUUGAUCAGUUUCCCACUAUGAAGUCGAUGAAACUAACAAUGACUAAUUUUCGUCGUAAUCCAAAAUUAAUGGAAGUAUUUGGUGUAUGUGAAGAUUUUCCUACUGCAAACAUCGAACAAAUUAAUUGGAAUAAAUAUGAUGAGAGCCAAAGAAAUUUCAGAGAAAUUCUAAGACCUCGUUACUGGCCAAGAUUUGAUCAAUUCUCUAAUCGUGUCCCAACUUGGUCAGAUUAUCGUAAGGAGCGAGCAAAGAUAUUGAAAUUGAAUCCUUCAGCAGAUGUCUCAGAUUUCAUUCAUUUACCUAUUGACUAUGAUAUAUAUGCGGGUGAUGGUACAUUUUGUCGUAAUCUUUCACCUAAACCAUUAUAUCGACUAUUAAUUGUAAAUUUUCGUUUUCCAUUUCCAUCCGUUUCUGAUUUGCAUUGGUUAAGUUUGAAGAUUGUUGAUGGGAAGUUGUUAAUAGCUGUUGUUCAACAUGCUGAUGUUGUAUUUUAUAAUAUCGAUCAUCAAGCAGUUUGUCUGUAA